AUGUUCAGCGAUUGUCCCCCGCAGCCUAUAUACUCCCAGACUUGGGAUGUAAGUUGCGUGACUAAAUAUCUCUUGACGCUCGGGAAUAGCCGGUAUUUGUCUCUAAAACAAUUAUUAUGGAAGUUAGCUAUGUCGUUCGCCCUAACUUUUCCAGAAAGAGUCUACGCACUAACAAAGCUGGAUCUACGCUACUGUCCUGUUCUUCCAGAAGGUGUAGAGUUCACAUUCUCGCUCCUUGUGAACGGGGCUCGUUUGAUCAGAUUCCCAAGGCAUUAUUCGCUCGAUUCCCUUCCAACUUCAAACUUUGGCCAGUUGAGACACUGCGAUCUUACUUAAAGGAAACACGCGCGAUCCGUUCUAGACUGCGAGCAGUCCCUCCAGUCAGUCGAGUCUAAGCUCGGCAGGACUGGAGAGAGCGAAUUGGCCGAGAGGGAAACCGCCUCCUCCCCAGCUUCCCCUCGGCUUUCGCUCGCUUCGCUCGAUUUCCUCGCUCGCGUGACCAUCCUGAGGGACUUCUCGCAGUCUAGAUCCGUUCUGCUAUCCCUUCCUCCAAAGUGGACCCUCUGUUCAUCUCCAACGUGAGUCUACACAGCUCCCUUCUUAGGGAGCUGGCUUCGUCUGCUUCUGAAGGACUCUGGAAUCAACACUAAUAUUUUCAAAGCACACUCUGUGCGUGGAACGUCGAUCACUGCAGCGGCUAAUUCAAAUGUGCCAUUAUCAGAUAUUUUAA